AUCUACCUGCACGGCAAGCGCGAACCCAAUCAGCUAUUCCGUUCCAGUCGGCGACUCAAAUUAAAACCCUCGAAAACCUUUAAAACCUGCAAGGAAAUCCGAAGUCAAUGUCACAAAUCUCCAACCUGAGACUCCUCUGCUCUUAUUCCUCUUUUCUUUGCCCAAAUCCCUUAUUUAGAUUCUCCUUUUCUUCGUCCCUCCUCUCCAAGCCUAGGGUUUUACUGAAUUCUCACUUCUCUACGCUCACAGUGCUCUCGUAUUCCGGUCGAAGAGCAAGAAGGCCAGCCAGCGGUGGCGGGUAUUUUCAUCACAGGAGGGGAAACAGUACGCUGAGAGAGGAGAGGAGCAAGGACAGAGACUCCCCUCCGGUGCGUGAAAUGGAGGAAGGGUUGGUGGGAUUCAACAAAAAACGGGCGGAAGGGAGGGAUAAGAGUGACAGGCCUAGGACUCUCCAGCUCAAGAGUCGAAAACUUAACCCUGUAAACACCAUUUGUUAUGUACAGAUUUUGGGCACAGGAAUGGACACGCAGGACACCUCACCGUCCGUGUUUUUAUUUUUUGACAAGCAGAGGUUUAUAUUUAAUGCUGGGGAGGGAUUGCAACGUUUCUGCACAGAGCACAAAAUCAAGUUAUCAAAGGUUGACCAUAUAUUCUUGACUCGAGUGUCAUCAGAAACCGCAGGAGGUCUUCCAGGUCUUCUGCUUACUCUAGCUGGGAUAGGCGAGGAAGGAAUGUCAGUUAAUAUAUGGGGUCCUUCUGACCUUAAAUAUCUUGUUGAUGCCAUGCGUUCAUUUAUUCCAAAUGCUGCCAUGGUGCACACACGCAGUUUUGGGGAAAUGCAAACCGCUAAUGAAGUUGCAGUUUUGGAUUAUUCAAUACAUUGUUGUGUUGAUCCGAUUAUUCUUAUAGAUGAUGAGGUUGUCCGUUUAUCAGCAAUUCCCUUGAGGCCAAACUGUUCUGGAGACUCCUCUAUGAAACCUGGUGAUGUUGCGGUGGUCUACACUUGCGAAUUACCUGAGAUUAAGGGAAAAUUUGAUCCAGAAAAAGCUGCAUCCCUUGGGUUGAAACCUGGACCAAAAUAUCGAGAAUUACAGCUUGGGAACUCGGUUAUGUCAGACCAUUUUAACAUUAUGGUUCAUUCUAGCGAUGUUUUAGGUCCUUCAAUUCCUGGUCCAGUAGUCCUUCUUGUAGACUGUCCUACGCCAUCACAUAUGAAGGAAUUGUUCUCUACACAAUCUCUCAAUUCUUACUAUGUAGAUUCACCGGAUUGUCAAAGAGAUGGCAUUAAAUUAGUGAAUUGUGUAAUUCACCUUGGACCAGCUUCUGUAACAAAGAAAGCUGAUUAUCAAAUAUGGAUGAAGAGGUUUGGAAAAGCACAACACAUCAUGGCAGGGCAUGAGAUGAAAAAUAUGAAAAUUCCUAUCCUUAAAUCAAGUGCAAGAAUUUCAGCAAGGCUCAACUACCUCUGUCCACAACUAUUCCCAGCUUCAGGAGUUUGGCCUCCUAAGGAUGGAAUCGCGUCUUCUUUUAGAGACUCUAUUAUUCCAUGUGAGGUUCACCCUUCAGAUUUGGUUGACAGUGUCUCAGCUGAAAAUCUACUUAAGUUUCACUUGCGUCCCUACUCUCAGCUUGGAUUGGACAGAUCUGCUAUUCCGGAACUGCUAAAUCAGACACAAAUUUUCAAUGAACUACUUUCUGAAAUCCCUGAAAUAAAAGACGUUUCUAAAUGUAUAAGUUCGUUCUGGAGGAAUCAUGUUGAGAAUAAAGGUCCGAGACCCUUAACGUGUGGUGAGGUGGUGGAGGAACCAUGGAUAAAAGAAGCUUCUCAACUUUUUGAUGAUAACUUGAGAAAUCAAAGGAAAAAUACAUCUAAAAUAGGAGUUCCUUGUCUAAAUUUCAAUCAAAAACCUGAACUUGAUGAUGUCUCUGAUAUUCCCCCUUGCUUGGACAAUAUAACGAGAGAAGACAUGGAAAUUGUUCUGUUGGGUACAGGCUCAGCACAACCCUCAAAGUAUCGCAAUGUCAGUUCUAUCUUUAUCAAUCUUUUCUCUAAAGGGUGUCUACUUCUCGAUUGUGGUGAAGGUACUUUGGCACAGUUGAAAAGAAGGUUUGGAGUUGACGGUGCUGAUAAUGCCAUGAAAACUUUAAAAUGUAUUUGGAUUUCUCAUAUUCAUGCUGAUCAUCAUACUGGUCUUGCUCGAAUACUCGCGCUGCGAUGCCAGCUUCUGAGGGAUUCGCCUCAUGAGCCUUUGCUUGUAAUUGGACCAAGGUCACUGAAGAGAUUUUUAGAUGCUUAUUCUAGACUUGAAGAUCUGGAUAUGCUAUUCUUGGACUGCAGACACACAACAGAAGCUUCCAUGGAUGCUGUUCUCAGUUCCCAUGGUUUGGGUGAAGAUUGCUUUGCCGAAGUUGAAGAAGAAGAGAACAGAGCAAAAGGAUCAGAGCCUCAACUUGUGGAGACUACCUUAUUUGGCCAAGGCAGUAAAAUGCAAAGCUAUUGGAAGAGGCCUGGAAGUCCAGUUGACAUGGCCACAGUUAUGCCAGUUUUGAGGAGAUUGAAGGAGUUGCUUCAUAAAGCAGGUUUAGAGGCUUUGUACAGUGUCCCUGUUAUACACUGUCCACAGGCAUUUGCUGUUGUUUUGAAAGCAGCCGAGAGGACAAAUAGUAUGGGAAAAGUCAUACCAGGUUGGAAACUGGUCUAUUCCGGUGAUACAAGACCAUGCCAAUCACUCGUUGAUGCUUCUCACAAUGCAACUGUUCUCAUACACGAGGCAACUUUUGAGGAUGGCCUAGGGGAAGAAGCAUUGGCAAGAAACCAUAGCACAACAAUGGAAGCUAUACAAGUAGGAUCCAAAGCAGGGGCUUAUCGCAUAAUCCUAACUCAUUUCAGCCAAAGAUAUCCCAAAAUCCCAGUCUUUGAUGAGGCUCACAUGCACAAUACAUGCAUUGCUUUCGACCUGAUGAGUGUCAACAUAGCAGAUCUUCAUCUGCUUCCAAAGGUUCUCCCUUACUUAAAAGUUCUAUUCAGAAAUGAAAUGGUUGUUGAUGAAUCUGAUGAUGCCAUGGAUUUGACAGUGGACCAAUAUUAGUAGGAUCACAAUCCAGGUAAUUUUCUGUUCAUUUGCCCAUUCUUUAGAAGAUUUGAGUUUUGUACUUGUAUGAUAGGCUUUGUUCCCUUUAAAAUUAUUAGAGUUCUGUAAUUUUAUUGUUGUUUUAUUUGUAUACUAACUUAAAUGUGAACUUAGGGACCAAUCGAACAUAUUUACUAACUUGUUCUUGUUCAUUAACUUACCUUUAAAACACUAUUCAAUUGAAUUAUAAUGUUGAGACAUAUAUCUUUUUUGUUUUUUUA